AAGGAACUGUUACACCAGCUCCUUUCUCUUGUUCAUAUAUAUUAAACCUUUCUUCUCUAAUUUAAAAGAUUAGAAAUCUAGGAGAACAAAAAGUGAAGUUAAUUCUGCAUCUCUAAUCAUGGCACUACCUUCUUGUGAUUGGACUUAUGAUGUCUUUCUAAGCUUUAGAGGCAUUGAUACCCGAAACAACUUUACUGGUAAUCUCUACAAUUCUCUUCAUCAAAGAGGUAUAAACACUUUCUUUGAUGAAGAAAAAAUUGAUAAAGGAGAUGAAAUCACACCUACUCUUCUCAAAGCCAUUAAACACUCGAGAAUUUUCAUUGCUAUUUUCUCCAAAGACUAUGCAUCUUCAACUUUCUGUUUGAAUGAGCUUAUCACCAUUCUUGAGUGCGCCAAGCCACCUGAAAGGUUGUUUAUUCCUAUUUUUUAUGAUGUGGAUCCUUCCCAGAUUCGACACCUAACUGGAACUUAUGGUGAAGCUUUCAAAAAACACGAAAAGAGGUUUAGAAAUGAGAAGGAUAAGGUGCAGAAAUGGAGGGAAGCUUUGCAUCAAGCUGCUAAUGUUGCGGGAUGCCAUUUCAUAUCAGGGUCUGAAUCAGAAUAUAAGUUUAUUGGGAAGAUAGUUGAUGAAAUCUCUAUAAAAAUCAACCGUGUUUAUUUGCAUGUUGCAAGUAAACCAGUUGGGUUGGAGUCUCAAAUGUUAAAAGUUACAAAUCUCCUUGAACUUGAACCUAAUGAGAGAGUCAGCAUGGUAGGCAUAUAUGGAAUUGGCGGAAUUGGAAAAUCAACACUUGCUCGUGCUGUGCAUAACUUGGUUGCUGAUCAAUUUGAAGGUGUGUGUUAUCUUGCUGACAUAAGAGAGAGGGCAACUAAUCACGAUCUUGCAAAGCUCCAAGAAACACUACUUUCUGAAAUACUCGGGGAGAAGGAUAUUAAAGUGGGAGAUGUUUACAAAGGAAUUUCAAUGAUUAAAAGGAGGCUCCAAAGAAAGAAAGUCCUUUUGAUUCUUGACAAUAUUGACAAAGAAAAGCAGUUACAGGUACUUGUAGGAGGACAUGAUUGGUUUGGCUUCGGAAGCCAGAUCAUAAUCACUACAAGAGACAAGCAUUUGCUGGCCACUCAUGGGAUUGUGAAAAUGUAUGAGGUCCCACAGCUAAACAAAGAAAAGGCUCUUGAAUUAUUUAGUUGGCAUGCAUUUAAAAAUAAAAAAACGGAUCCAGGUUAUGUGGAUACUGCAAAACGUGCCGCAUCUUAUUGUCAUGGUCUUCCCUUGGCUUUGGAGGUGAUAGGUUCUCAAUUGUUUGGAAAAAGUUUAGCUGUAUGGAAAUCCUCAUUAGAUAAAUAUGAAAGAGUCAUUCAUAAAGAUAUCCAUGACAUUCUGAAAGUUAGCUAUGAUGAUUUGGAAGAAGAUGUAAAGGGUAUUUUUUUAGACAUAGCCUGUUUCUUUAAUUCUUAUGAAAUAGGCUACGUCAAAGAAAUAUUAUACUUACACGGUUUUCAUGCGGAAGAUGGCAUUGAUGAGCUUAUUGACAAAUCCCUCGUGAAAAUUGAUAACAAUGGCUGCGUGAGAAUGCAUGACUUGAUUCAAGAUAUGGGCAGAAAAAUUGUGAGGCAAGAACCAGCAUUGGAGCCUGGAAGACGCAGUAGAUUAUGGUUUAGUGAUGAUAUUGUUCAUGUUUUAGAAGAAAACAAGGGAACCGAUUCAAUUGAAGUCAUAAUUGCUGACUUGCGCAAAGACAGAAAAGUGAAAUGGUGUGGAAAAGCAUUCGGACAAAUGAAGAACUUGAAAAUUCUUAUAAUUAGAAAUGGACGGUUUUCCCAAGGUCCUCAAAUUCUUCCAAAUAGUUUGAAAGUGCUUGAUUGGAGCGGAUACGAAUCAUCCUCCUUACCUUCUGAUUUUAAUCCCAAGAAUCUUGCAAUGCCUAACCUGCCUGAAAGUUGCUUUAAACAUUUUGAUUCAUUCAAGGUAUUUGAGAUGUUGAACUUUCUAGAUUUUGAAGGCUGCAAAUUUCUCAUUGAAAUACCUAGCUUAUCUAGAGUACCAAAUUUGGGGGCACUGUGUCUUGAUUACUGCACUAAUUUAAAUAAAAUCCAUGAAUCCGUUGGGUUUCUUGACAGACUUGUGUUAUUAAGUGCUCAAGGAUGCAAUCAACUAGAAAGUUUGGUUCCCAAAAUCAAUUUGCCAUCUCUAGAGACUUUAGAUUUAAGGGGUUGCUCAAGUCUCGAGAGGUUCCCUGAAGUAGUUGGAGUAAUGGAGAACAUAGAAGAGGUUUAUUUAGACCAGACUGCAAUAAAACAGUUGCCUGUUACAAUUGGAAAAAUGGUUGGCCUCCAACGUUUGUUCUUGAGGGGAUGCCGAAAGAUGAUUCAGCUGCCAAGCUACGUAUUUCCCAAACUUGAGAUAAUAACUUCUUAUGGUUGUAGGGGAUUUCAAACAUCUGAGAAUGCAGAAAAAGUGAGUCCCAAAGUGUUUGCAAAUGCCAUGUGUGUUUAUAAUGAAUAUGGCAAGUCCAUCCUUCAUGUGUAUUCUAGUAAUAAUGGCUCCAACGAUGUCAUAGAAGUAUGUAAUCCGUGGUGGAAUUUCGAUGGAAUAAGUCUUGCAUAUCUUCUAUUUAAACUCAUUUGUUCGGGGUGUUUACAGGAGAAGUUACGUUUUAGUAUUCUUAAAAGGAAUGAAUCAUCUGUGUGUUUUCAGUUCCAAAAGAAAUUUCCCCGGAUAGCUCUAUGGUGUUUGGUAGAACCUGGAUAUCAUUUUGACAGCAUGGUGUUGAGUUUCAAGCUGAAUGUACUCAUCAAUGGCACUAAGCAACUCACUUCUUCAUGUGAAUACAUAUUUUACAAACAAAGAAAGACGGACCAAAUGCUUUGUUGUGAUCUAGUAUGCAAUGUGGAGGGUUUAUUUUCAGAGAAUGAGUGGAACCAUGUGGAGAUUUUAUGUGAGAUGGAACAUCUCAUGCCCAGUGCCCACCAGGGUUUGAUCUCUAACAGGAUUCUAAAGUGGUCUCUCCUAUAUGUGUUCCUAGAAAAUGGAAAUGACGAUUUCGUCUUAUUUCACAAUCUUGGUUCCUCUUUGUUAAAAAAACAGAAAAUAGAAUUUUGGGAAGGUAAAAAAAAUCAAGAGAUUCGGAGAAUAAUGGAAAGAAUAACAUUAUCUGGUUUUGGUUCCAUGGGAAGGAGAAAACUCUUCAAAGGCAACCUCAAGGGAUGUUCAAUUACCGAGUUAGCAGAAAAUUUUGACAAAUUGAACAAAUUGAUGUUCAGCGUCAUGAACCAAUUUUGUGCAAGUACAGCCUCAGAUAAUAAAGAUGAUGCAGUGCAAAAUCUUAUCCUCGACGAGACUUAUGAGGCUCAGGAAAUUAAAGUACGCUAUCAUAGAGAUUUGUGUUUGCCUUUAUUAUCAAAUAAAACGGAGCUCAAAGAAGAGUAUAGAAAAAGGAAGAGAUUUUUAUUACACGCUUCAACAAUGACAACGGUUUCGAGUUCGACAACAACAGCUUCGACUUCGACAACCACUUCAACAGCUUCGACUUCGUCUUUGUUUACAGUUUCGGCUUUGAAUUCAACAACAUCUUCGACUUCGAAAAUAACUACAAUUUCAUCUUUAUUUACGGAGCUAUUUAAUGGUCAACAUAAGAAAAUCGAUGCAUUUUUCAAAAGGAAAAUUUCCGAUGAAAAUGAAAAUUGUAUAGCUUCAACAUCGACACUUCAGCACUGAUUCAAUUAUUGAUGGAUUCAAGUCUUUAAAAGAGCGGAAGGAGGUACUUUAAUUUGAGGCAAGAUCCGCCACUGCUGAUUCUCAAGAAAUAAAUUAAUAGUACUCGUCGGGGGCAACACUUUCAGAAUGUUGGGAUGAACAUAUUGUUUGAUUUGUGCUAGAACAAUAUGGUAUGAGAUUUCCUCACACCCUCACGUUCAAGCAAAACCUUCUUUGAUGAUACACAUGUGAACAAUAUGGUGUGUAUAGAUUCAGUUUUAGAUAACUUGUUUGCUCUUUAGAAGAUGCACUUGUUGUAAAACUUCUUGAUAUAACGUUUGACUUCCACACUAUGAAAGGCAGA